AUGUUUAUAUGGACCAGUGGCCGGACCUCUUCAUCUUACAGACAUGAUGAGAAAAGAAACAUUUACCAAAAAAUCAGGGACCAUGACCUCCUGGACAAAAGGAAAACUGUCACAGCACUGAAAGCAGGAGAGGACCGGGCCAUUCUGCUGGGACUGGCCAUGAUGGUGUGCUCCAUCAUGAUGUACUUUCUGCUGGGAAUCACACUCCUGCGCUCAUACAUGCAGAGUGUGUGGACCGAGGAGGCUCAGUGCACCUUGCUGAAUGCAUCCAUCACGGAAACAUUUAACUGCUCCUUCAGCUGUGGUCCGGACUGCUGGAAACUCUCUCAGUACCCCUGUCUCCAAGUGUACGUUAACCUGACUUCUUCUGGAGAGAAGCUCCUUCUCUACCACACGGAAGAGACAAUGAAAAUCAAUCAGAAGUGCUCCUAUAUACCUAAGUGUGGAAAAAAUUUUGAAGAAUCCAUGUCCCUGGUGAAUGUUGUCAUGGAAAACUUCAGAAAGUACCAACACUUCUCCUGCUAUUCUGACCCGGAAGGAAACCAGAAGAGUGUCAUCCUAACCAAACUCUACAGUUCCAACGUGCUGUUCCAUUCACUCUUUUGGCCAACGUGUAUGAUGGCUGGGGGCGUGGCUAUCGUUGCCAUGGUGAAACUCACACAGUACCUCUCCCUGCUCUGUGAGAGGAUUCAACAGAUCAAUAGAUAA